AUGAUAGCCGAUCAGCUGAUCGAUCACGAGUGGAACCGAGAAUUCCCUCGUGAUUCCGGUUUUGAACGACAAGCACAGGAGGUGUAUCCUCAGACGAUGCCGGGAAUUUUAAAAGAAGCUAUUUAUGAUCGUCUAUCUUGCACAGGUAACGUCAUGGCACCAUCGAAAUCAGCCGCGAAUCCGUCGUCAAAAGCGCUCAUUGCGAAGAAGAAGGUUGUGAAAGGUAAUAAACUGGUACAUAAAAAGAAGAUCCGCACAUCUGUGCAUUUUCGUCGUCCUAAAACCUUGAAGACUCCUCGUGCACCCAAAUAUCCUCGGAAGUCAGCUCCAGCUCGCGGGAAACUCGACACUUUUGCCAUCAUUAAGCAUCCGCUUACCACUGAGUCAGCCAUGAAAAAGAUUGAAGAUCACAACACCCUUGUGUUUAUGGUUGAUGUGAGAGCAAACAAACAUCAGAUUAGGAACGCUGUAAAGAAGCUGUACAAUAUUGAUGUGCAGAAGAUCAACACAUUGAUCACACCACUUAUGGAGAAGAAGGCGUACAUUCGUCUUACCUCUGAUUAUGACGCUCUUGACUGCGCUAACAAAAUCGGGAUCAUCUGA